AUGUUGACAAACCUCUUGCACCUAUGCCUCCUGAGCACAGUACGCAUCAUAUUCGUUUGCUCUCAUCGCCUUACCCAUGUCGAAACUGAACUUCGAGACCUUGUGACUCAACAGUCCGUUAUUGAGCGUGUCGGUAUGGCAGAAGUCAUUAGAGACUUUCGCGAUAGCAGCAUUGUCACUGUCGAAUGGCCAACGCUGGUCGACAUAGUAUGCAAGCUAGACAGAGCGUCAGAGGAGCUCUUGUUGAGCAUAUACGUGCUAUAG